AUGUCUACUGACAAGAACUCGACAGAGUCUCUAGCUUCAGAUGUCAACUUCCUUUCCUGCUUACUCACCCAUCCUCAAAUAUCGGAUCUCUCGUCUCAUCCACCAGUAGACUGCAUCACAUUAUGUGUAUCUUCUGUGCUAUACCAAGCCACCACCCUCUUCGAGAUCUUACAAUCGCAUCCCCGCCUUACAAAGUCUCUCGUUCUCUGCGGCGGCAUCGGACAUUCCACCCCGCUUAUCUACCAAGCUGUUUCCCGCCAUCCAAAAUACCGCACCAUUACUUCUGAAAUUCAAGGACUUCCUGAAGCAAGAGUACUAGAAAGAAUUCUCAACGAGUUCUUUGAUAUCGAGAAAAUCACGAGCCAAGGAUGCAGGAUUUUGAUCGAGGAUCAAAGUACGAAUUGCGGAGCCAAUGCAUCGAAGACAAGGGAAUUGCUGGAGAAAAAUGGGAUCGAGACUCCGAAGAGCAUGAUCGUUGUUCAAGAUCCUACCAUGGCUCUGAGAACCGUUGCUUCCUUCCAGAAAGUCUAUGAAGGCGUUGAGAUGGAUAUCAGAAGUGCACCUAUAUUCGUCCCAGUGACGAGGGUGGGACAAGAGGGGCAGGUCGAAUGGGAUACCAGCGAUGUGGGGAUCACGAUAGAAGGGCUUUGGGAGAAAGAAAGGUUCUAUGAUUUGAUCAUGGGUGAAGUACCGAGACUGAGAGACGAUACGGAAGGAUAUGGACCCAAGGGAAAGGGCUUCAUUGUCCAUGUUGAUAUUCCAGGGGAGGUCGAAGAUGCGUGGCAGAGGCUAGUCAAGACAAGCAACGGACAAGCUACGCUUUCGCCUGAUUUGUUGAGCAAAAGGUUCGUGGACAUGGUGGCUACUACUUCUCACUACCUACCUCAAUCUACCACACCUCUAUGCCCACAACAUAUUACUCAUAUUAUCAUAACCUGGAAGUAUCUCUUCGAAUAUGUUGUCGUCAAGCUGCCGGUCUAUGACCCAUGA